GCCCAUCCCGACAAGUGAAGGGCGUUUCUGUCUGCCUUUGUUGUGUUUUGGUUCCCGUCCCCCUGCAAGUGUCAAGUCUAGGGAAAAGUCCAUCGGUUUCUGUGGUUUCUAUUCUGUGUGUUCAAAUCGAAGACUUAAACGAAGGUGUUGCGCCAUGGAUCCGGAUGGACUUCCCGUGAUCGGGGCAGGAGUGGAUUACACCCAAGUGGGAGCUAUUCAUCAGAAGCGGACUCUCGCUUUUAUUAACUACUUUGUUACUAGUACAGUGUCAUUCCUCAACAACUUUUCAAGAUCAUGUGAAGUGAGACUUCAAAAGUGUGAAUCUAGAAUACAGAAACUUGAAGCAUCACUUGGAAUACUAGAGGCCAAAUUGUCUUCAAUUCCCAGCUUAACUGGAGUUACUGCAGAAGUUGUCAGCAGCCAAGAUCCAUCUUUAGAACAAAAUUCUACCCCUAACAUUCCACCUGAGGUUCCUGUCAUCAGUAAUGAGGUUGAGGUGGUGGUCCCACCUGGCCCACCAGAAGUGCCCAGUGGUAUGAUAGCAGCCAAAGACCACCCUACAUACAAGAGAUUCCUACGAAUGGUGCAAGUUGGUGUUCCUGAACCAGCUGUUCGAAAUAAAAUGCAGGCGGAAGGCUUAGACCCUGACAUUUUGAGCAAUCCAAAUCAACUUGUGUCAGCACCAGAACCUGCUGCCACUGAGGAUAAUAGUGAGUCAGAAAGUGGCACUGACUGAUCAUCACUGAAGAUCAAGAUUCAUAAUCAUUUGCUUUGAACAGUAAGAAUUUAUACUUUUAUAAUUAAUAGAUUAUCUAUGAAGUGUUU